UAUGUGUGGAUACAGUAAUUAUAAAUCAUUGCAAACGUCACAUAUAUCAGUGAAUACACUUAAGAAAAUAUUAAAAAUAUACCCAAAAAAGCAAUGGACCAAAAACAAUCUUUGAGACAAUUUUUUAAAGGAAAGAAUAUUUUUAUAACUGGUGGUAGUGGAUUUAUGGGUAAAGCUCUCAUAGAAAAACUCUUGAGAAGUUGUCCAGAUAUUGAAAACAUUUAUAUGCUGAUCAGGCCCAAAAAAGGAAAGUCUUUAAACGAGAGAUUGCAAGAAAUAUUUUCUAAUUGUCUGUUCGAAAUUCUGCAAAAUACAAAUCCAGAAAUUUUUAAAAAAGUUAUUCCUAUCAAUGGAAAUGUCUUGGAAAAGAAUUUGGGUUUAUCAAAUGAAGACAGACAAUUGCUGAUCGAAAAAAUUCACAUUGUUUUCAACGCAGCUGCCUCUGUAAAAUUUGACGAUUUUUUUAACGUAGGCAUACUGACAAAUUUGAGGAGUGCAAGAGAUGUUGCUUUAUUGGCUUUGGAUAUGAAGCAUAUAUGUUCGUUUGUUCACGUAUCGACAGCAUUUUGCAACAUCAAUGAAAAAGAAAUUGUAGAAGAGAAGCUAUAUCUUCCUAGAGGAGAUUGGAGAGAAGCUAUCUACGUUUCUGAAAAUGGAGACAACACCAUAGUGAACACUUUGUCGCAUAAGUAUCUGGAAGGCUUUCCCAACACUUACACCUACACCAAACACUUGGCAGAACACUGUGUUAACGAUCUGUUGGCCGACAAAAUUCCCACUGUCAUAGUGAGACCUACGAUAGUUAUUCCUAGUCUAUAUGAGCCUUUUGUUGGCUGGCUGGAUAACAUGAAUGGACCAAUGGGCAUCUUGUCAGCAGCCGGAGCUGGAUUGCUAAGGAUAGCUUUCGGACACCCUGAUGUUUCCAUUGACUGCAUCCCUGUAGAUGAAGCUGUCAAAGUAUUCCUUGUGACAUGUUGGCACGUAGCGAACACAGGACCUACAAAUACUGCGUUGGUGGUGAACGCCAGCGCUCACGGUGAGAAGCUCAUGUCUGUCAACGACAUAGCUUCCAUUGCUCUGGAAAUAUCCUGGAAAACGCCCAUGGAGUACAAGAUUUGGUAUCCGACCAAUCCAUCCACAGCACUGACAGAGUCCAAGUUAUAUUAUAACAUUAAUGUGAUACUGUUCCAUGUUAUACCAGCAUUUUUUUUGGAUUUGAUUAUAAGAGCCGCCGGGUAUCCACCGAUAAUAAUGAAGAUUCAAAGAAAAUUGUACAACGGUACUGCAGCCCUGGCUUACUUCAUGUGUCACGAAUGGCAGUUCCUCAAUCCGGUACUAAGGAGAAUAUUUGAGGAACUACCGGAGUCAGAAGUGGCAGAAUUCAAGUACGGAUCUGUCAAAGACGACGAACACGUCUAUAGGUACUUGUGCGCGUGUGUCAACACUGCCAGAUGGAUAUUGCUGAAAGAGACCAAAGAAGUCAAACCCUCCUCGCAUAAAACACACAAAUUGGUAUAUGUUCUGGACAGAAUAUGUAAAACAAGCUUCUUCAUUUGGUUGUUCUGGUUUGUCUUUAUCAAGCACUCUUUGCUCGUAGUUUUAUAUCAGGCACUGAAGAAUUACUGGAUUAGUUUAUAAUAAAAUGGUUUUAAAUUAUUAUUCUUUGUAU